AUGGCGUGUCAUGCGGCCGCGUUGUUGGGCUGGAACUCGUUGACUGUCCGGGAGAGUGAUCGAUCCGAAAUGCCGCCUCAUAUAUGCGAGAUCUGUCGUACAGCUCGCGCCCAAAUCCUUCGACCAAAGAAUCAUGCGCGGAUCUGUGCCGCAUGCUUCAUCGACAUUUUCGAGAGCGAGACGGCUGAGACGAUCACUUCGACGAGUCUCUUCCAGCCAGGAGAGAGGGUGGCUAUAGGAGCUUCUGGUGGAAAAGAUAGUACCGUCCUUGCCUCUGUGCUAAAGACACUGAACGACAGACAUGGCUGGGGACUGGAUCUUGUGCUCCUGUCUAUAGACGAAGGCAUAACAGGCUAUCGGGACCACAGCCUGGAGGCUGUAAAGAGGAAUAGUGCUGAGCUUGGACUUCCACUGAAGAUAGUAAGCUAUGAAGAGCUGUACGGCUGGUCUAUGGACCAGGUAGUGGCACAGGUAGGCAAGAAAGGCAAUUGCACAUACUGUGGUGUCUUCCGUCGUCAGGCUCUGGACCGUGGUGCCGCUAUGUUAGGCGUAGGUCACGUAGUAACCGGUCACAAUGCAGACGAUGUAGCGGAGACAGUCCUCAUGAAUCUACUUCGAGGAGAUCUACCACGACUAUCUCGUGCGACGAGUAUCGUCACCAGCACUCCCAGUGCAGCGCGGGGACCCGAAGGCUCUUUCACGAAUGUGAAGAGGAGCAAACCACUCAUGUAUGCUUACGAGAAGGAGAUAGUCUUGUACGCACACCACAAGAAACUUGACUAUUUCAGUACAGAAUGCAUCUACAGUCCUGAGGCGUUCCGUGGAAGUGCCAGGACACUGAUCAAGAACCUGGAGAGGAUACGGCCAGAGAGUAUAUUGGAUGUGGUGAGGAGUGGUAUUGAUAUGGCAAAGUUGGUUCCCGAUGCAGCCGGGAAUUGUAAGAGCGGAUGUGCGGAUAAGAAGAGGAAGCAGGAGGCGCAGGCUGAGCAGGAGGAGGGCGAGGGUGGGUGUGGGAGUGGGAACGGGCAGGAUGCUGGUGGCGAAAUGGCUGAGAUGGAGAGGAAGCUAUGGCAGGACGAGAAGGCGGAGGAGGAUGGUAUGGAGGUGGAGAUCAAGAUGCCGAUGAAGGCUGUGAAUGGGCAAAAUCACGACAGAGACAUUGCGGCAUCUGGCCCCCCUACAUCUGCGUUGAUUACACCCACAUCUGAUCAGGACCACGACAGACAUACACAUCUUUCAAUCCCUGACCUAGAGACUAAGCAAACUACUGUGCCUAUCCGAACGAAAGCAGAGAAGAAGCAAGGAAGGAAGAUGGGCAAGGAUGGUAUUGCACGACCUGCGCAGACAUUGGGACAAUGCGAACGAUGCGGCUAUCUGUCUUCACAAGCUGUGUGCAAGGCCUGUGUCUUGCUCGAAGGGCUGAACAAGAGUCGACCUAGGACGGGUGUUGAGGUUGGCGGAGGUGAUGGUUGA